AAUUAACCUUAUAAUCUAUUGGGAAUCUCAAAACGUUCUGCACCUUCGCCUACGCACAAUUCUUCGGAACACAUCAUCCCUUGAUGAAUCUGCCUAGGUUCCUCUACCGAAUCGCCCGAAUCAGAAUUGAGAAUUAGGAGAGAUAAUGGCCGACUAGAGUUUUCGAGGUUGUGUUAUAAUGUCUCUCGUUGAUAAUCCUCAGAUUAAGAGCGCCGAGUUGCUCUCUCCGCUUCCCAUCUAUCUUCAUGCAUACGUCGCUCCUUUUGCCAUAAUAUGGCCUAUAUUUGCCCGAUACUUCUAUACGCCCGAUUUAUACGAAAAGCACAUUGGAUCUUCUGAAUGGACGUUCGUCUGGUGUGGUACCAUCAUUACCCUGCAGAGCUUGGCCUGGCUCAGCACCAACUGGAGUGUCAACCUCAAGGGUAUCUUCACUGCCAGGAAAGUGAAGAAGGUACAGGAUGCUCAGUUAAUAAAGGUUAUCCCUAUAUCCAAUGCCGGCUCAGCCGAUAUUUGCGAGAUCGUUCGCGAAAAGGUUGGCGACAAGAUAAAUCUGUCCUUUCUGUUCCAAAAGCGCCGUUUCCUCUACGAUCUAGCAACGAACUCCUUCAGCCCCCUAACAUAUGAGAUCGAUGCCGAGCCAAAGCCUAAGAUCCAGAAAUUCCAGCACUCGAGAGGAAUCGCCUCCCAGGCCGAGCUUACAAGACUAGAGCAAUAUUAUGGAAAAAACACUUUUGAUAUCCCGGUUCCUUCGUUUACUGAACUCUUCCGGGAACAUGCUGUUGCUCCUUUCUUCGUCUUUCAGGUAUUCUGCGUCGGUCUCUGGAUGCUAGAUGAGUAUUGGUACUAUUCACUAUUUACCCUUUUUAUGCUUGUUGCUUUCGAGAGCACCGUGGUCUGGCAAAGGCAGCGAACAUUGAACGAAUUUCGGGGCAUGAGUAUUAAGCCGUAUGAUAUGUGGGUGUAUCGGUUGUGCAAAUGGACGGAGAUUCAAAGCGACAUGCUUUUGCCGGGUGAUCUCGUUUCUGUCGGACGGACUAAAGAGGACAGUGGAGUUGCAUGCGACAUGCUUCUUGUGGAGGGGACUGCUAUCGUCAAUGAAGCUAUGCUUUCGGGUGAAAGCACGCCCUUGCUCAAGGAUUCCAUACAGCUAAGACCUUCCGAUGCAUCUAUCGAUACAGAAGGCCUCGACAAGAAUGCUUUCCUCUGGGGCGGAACUAAGGUUCUGCAGGUUACGCAUGGUAAUCCCGAUGAGGAGAGACCAAAGCUUGCUUCUGGUGUUCCUGUGCCUCCCGAUAACGGUGUCAUGGCUAUCGUGAUGAAAACGGGAUUUGAGACUUCUCAGGGUAGCUUGGUCCGUACGAUGAUUUAUUCGACUGAGCGUGUCUCGGCCAACAACGUCGAGGCCUUACUUUUCAUCCUCUUUCUACUUAUCUUCGCGCUGGCCGCCUCUUGGUACGUGUGGGAUGAGGGUGUCAAGAAAGAUCGCAAGAGAUCGAAGCUGCUCCUCGACUGUGUCUUGAUUGUUACCAGUGUCGUACCCCCGGAGCUCCCCAUGGAACUCAGUUUGGCAGUCAAUACUAGCCUGGCAGCCUUGGCUAAAUUUGCCAUUUUCUGUACUGAGCCCUUCCGCAUCCCUUUCGCGGGCCGUAUCGACGUAGCCUGUUUCGACAAGACCGGCACAUUAACAGGCGAGGACCUGGUUGUGGAAGGUAUUGCGGGGCUUGGGCUUGGCCACUCUGGCACGGAUACACCUCGCGAAUUUGAUGGUGCUCAUAGUCAUCUUACAUCCGUUAAAGGCGCCGGGAUGGAGACGACUCUCGUAUUAGCUAGUGCCCAUGCCCUUGUUAAACUUGAGGAUGGCGAAAUUGUCGGUGACCCGAUGGAGAAAGCCACGCUCUCGGCUCUCGGAUGGGCGUUGGGAAGAAACGAUACUCUCGCGGCAAAACCCUCCGUCACAGCCACUGGCGGGACUUCUGGUACUGUUCAGGUCAAACGACGCUUCCAAUUUUCAUCCGCUCUAAAACGCCAGAGCUCUGUCGCUACUGUGCAUGCCGUCGACCCCAAAACCGGGAAUAAGAUUCGUGGAACUUUUGUUGGCGUCAAGGGUGCGCCGGAAACAAUAAUGAAGAUGCUUGUUACAGUCCCCAAGGAUUAUGAGGAAACCUUUAAAUAUUUCACCCGUCGCGGUUCUCGCGUACUUGCCCUUGCCUACAAACAGCUAACCAAUGAUCACGAGCUCGGUUCUGGCAAAAUAAAUGACCUGAAGCGCGAGAAAGUCGAGGCUGAUCUGAUAUUUGCUGGUUUCCUGGUUCUCCAGUGUCCCUUAAAGGAUGAUGCGAAGCAAGCGGUGCAGAUGCUCAACGAGAGCAGCCACCGUGUCGUUAUGAUCACCGGUGACAACCCACUCACAGCUGUGCAUGUCGCUAGAGAGGUCGAGAUCGUUGAUCGUGACGUACUCAUCCUUGAUGCGCCGGAACGGAAUGACGGAGGAGAAAAGCUGGUUUGGCGCAGCGUCGAUGAUAGGACAAAUAUUGAGGUGGAUGUCUCAAAGCCUAUCGACCCCCAAAUCAUCAAGUCGAAAGAUAUCUGUGUAACCGGAUAUGCGCUGGCCAAGUUUAAGGACAACGCGGGCGCUUGGCGAUCUCUUCUCCGUCAUACUUUGGUCUAUGCUCGCGUGUCCCCGAAGCAAAAGGAAGAAAUUCUCUUGGGCCUUAAGGAUAUGGGCUACUUCACACUGAUGGCUGGAGAUGGUACGAACGACGUCGGCGCUUUGAAACAGGCUCACAUCGGCAUAGCUCUUCUCAAUGGCACCCAGGAAGAUUUAACGAGAAUCGCCGAGCACUCUCGUAAUGCUAAGAUGAAAGAGCUGUAUCAGAAGCAGGUCGACCUUAUGAAAAGAUUUAACCAACCCGCUCCUCCCGUACCCGCCAUGAUUGCCCACCUCUAUCCGCCGGGUCCUUCUAACCCUCACUAUGAGAAGGCGUUGGAGCGUGAAGCACAGAAGCGGGGCAUCACCACCGAGGAACUUGCGAAGAUAAACGGCACCAACAUUGAGACUGUGACUAGCCCGGCAGCCCAGCAACUGAUGACUCACGAUCCUAGGACGGCUAGGCAGCGAGAUGCAGCUAACAAGGCUGCUGGCUUCGCUGACAAGAUGACCAGUGCCAUGAUGGAACAGGAGUUGGGUGACGACGAACCACCGACACUUAAGCUGGGUGACGCGUCGGUCGCCGCCCCGUUUACUAGCAAGCUUCGAAAUGUUAUUGCCGUCCCGAACAUUAUUCGGCAAGGCCGUUGCACCUUGGUGGCCACGAUCCAGAUGUACAAGAUUCUAGCUCUGAACUGCCUGAUAAGUGCCUACAGUCUUAGUGUUCUCUACCUCGAAGGUAUCAAAUUCGGCGACGGGCAGAUCACGAUUAGCGGCAUGCUCAUGAGCGUCUGUUUCCUUUCGAUAUCCCGCGCUAGGUCAGUCGAAGGCCUGUCAAAGGAAAGACCACAGCCUAACAUCUUCAACUUCUACAUCAUCGGAUCUAUCCUUGGCCAGUUCGCAAUCCACAUUGCGACGCUCAUUUACAUCGCCCGAUUCUGUGAUAAAUUGGAACCACGGUCCGAAAUGGUGGACCUAGAGGCAGAAUUCACGCCAUCGCUUCUCAACAGUGCCGUGUACCUCCUGCAACUCAUCCAGCAGAUCUCCACCUUCGCAGUCAAUUAUCAAGGUAGACCAUUUAGAGAAUCCUUAUCCGAGAACCGGGGCAUGUUCUGGGGUAUCAUUUCGGUCACUGCCAUCGCCUUCUCCUGCUCGACCGAAUUUAUCCCGGAACUCAAUCAGCAGAUGAAACUGGUGAAAUUCACGGAUGAGUUCAAGACGACGAUGACAAUGGUCAUGAUCUUGGACUACGCUGGCUGCUGGGUCAUCGAGAUCGUGCUCAAGCGACUAUUUAGCGACUUCCGUCCUCGUGAUAUUGCAAUACGGCGGCCUGAGCAGAAUGAGCGCGAGAGGGUGAGGAAAGAGGCGGAGAAGGCGGUGAAAGAUGCGGAGGAGGAGGAGAAGCGGCUGGAGAAGGUGGUGGAAUUCGAGCGCAAAGUGGAGGAACGGAGGCAGAAGAUUCGCGAAUGGAGCCAAGGUACCCGCGCUCAGACAGAAGGCCACGCUCAGGCGGCAAGGUGAGGCUUCUGUUAUUUCUUGCUAUUCCAGUCCGUAUUCCGUAUUCUGUAUUCCGCAUAGGAGAAUGGCGGAGUGCAGAUCCGUAGACUUGGCAUUGUAGACAUAGAGAGAACGGAGUUCUGUAGAUGAAAUCACCAAUCUUUAUUUUUAUACCGAGGGACAAGAACAUGUUUACGGAGUCAGCACAGAUCGAUCCAAUGACUGGUAUUGAUAUACCUACAAACAUACAUGCACGUACCUAAUAGUAGGUAUAUGUAUGUACCUAGCUACAAG